AUGGCAAGCUGGUUGCGCUUAAGCUUCAUUUUCCUGUGUGUAUUUAUAUGUUGUUGCAGCGAGCAUGUGAUGGGAGCAGAUCCCGACUCCUUGCAAGAUUUCUGUGUUGCAGAUAGGCAAGGCCAAGUUUUGGUGAACGGCUUCUCUUGCAAGGACUCGAAAGUGGUUUCAUCGGAGGACUUCUUCUUCCGAGGUCUGGGACGAGAAGGAGAUACAAGCAACGCUGUAGGCUCUAACGUAACAGCGGCGAACGUUAACCAGAUUGCGGGGCUUAACACACUGGGGAUAUCGUUGGUCCGCAUUGACUUCGCUGUGGGUGGAAUUAAUCCUCCUCACACCCAUCCAAGAGCCACUGAAAUCUUGGUUUUGCUUGAAGGCCACCUCUCUGUGGGCUUCAUCGAUACUACAAACAAGUUUUACAGCAAGAUGUUAAUGAAAGGAGACGUGUUUGUGUUUCCCAAGGGAUUGCUGCACUUCCAACAGAAUGUGGGACAUCGAAAUGCAGUGGCCAUCGCUGCCUUGAGCAGCCAGAAUCCUGGAGUUCAGGUUUCUGCCAAUUCUCUCUUUGCAGCGAAUCCUGCUAUCCCAGUUUCUGUAUUGACGAAGGCCUUCCGAAGCGAUCAAACAAUUGUCGAUUCCAUUCAGGACAAGUUCGUGUAA